AUGGAUGACCAACAACCAAAAAUAAAAAAAUUUAAAAGUGGCCAUGAAAAACGUCUAGAAAAACAAAAACAAUUAUUAAUUGAACAAGGAAAAACUUGUAUGAAAAUAAAUAAUUUUUUUAAAUUUUCAACAACUUCUGAAACAUCUGAUAAUAUUGAACAAAAUGUUAAUAGUAUCAAAAAACUGCCUUUACCUAUUGAACAUCAAACAAUUGGAUUAGAAAUUGAAAUUUUAAAUAAAAAUAAUGUUGGUCAGAAUGAGCAGAAUAGAGACAUUCCUUUUACAUCAAAUAGAGCAUUCUAUCGUUAUGAUGGUAGUAAACGAAUUUGGUUAACUUAUAGUUCCAAACAUUCAGCUUUAUUUUGUAGUAUAUGUCUAGCGUUUGGAUCUGUGUGUGACAAAAAUACAUUUACAGUAGGCGUAAAUGAUUGGCGACAUAUUUACCAACGUAUUGAAGAGCAUGAAAAAAGUAAAACACAUGGUAAUAGUGUAAAUGCUUACUUCUUGAAAAAUAGUAGUAGUUCGAUUGAUCAAUUACUUAUAUAUGACCAAUGUAAUUUGAGAAAAAAACAAGUAGAUGAAAAGAGACAGGUACUAACAAGAAUCAUUAAUAUAAUUAAAAUGAUAGGAAAACGUGGAUUUAGUUAUAGAGGAACAAGUUCCAAUGAAGCUUCGUAUACCCUAAAUGACCAUACAAUAGACCAUGGCACAUUUCUUGAAACGGUUAUUUUAUUAAGCAAAUAUGACCCUAUUCUAAGAUUACACGUUGACUCUUCAAUUGAAAAAAGUAAAUUAUGUCAUAAUUCCGGUUCUAAACAAGGAGAUAGUACCUUAACGUUUCUAUCUAAGACUACUGUAGGUUAUAUAUUGGAUACUUGUUCUUCUAUGAUAAAAUCUAGUAUUUCAAAAGAAGUUAUCGAGGCUGGGUUGUACUCAAUUCAGCUGGAUACAACCCAAGAUACUUCAAUAAGUGAUCAAUGCUCAAUAAUAAUAAGAUAUGUUUCAAAAUUUAGUGUAAAAGAAAGAUUAUUAGCUAUGGUAAAAUGUAAAUCGUCGACUGGAGAAGCAUUUGUUGAACUAUUGCUGAAUGUUCUUAAAACAGCAAAUAUUGAUAUAUUAAAUUGCGUGGGAAAUUCAACUGAUGGAGCGGCUAAUAUGCAGGGGCAAUAUAGAGGGUUUUCGGCAAAACUCAGUGAAACGGGUGCUACCCAACUACAUAUUUGGUGCUAUGCACACGUCUUAAACUUAGUCAUUUACGAUGUUACUGAAAAUAAAGUAGAAGCAUUAUCUUUGUUUGGUUUACUCAAUAGUUGUGCUGUAUUUAUUAGAGAAUCAUACAAAAGAAUGGAUAUUUGGUUAGAAAAGUGUUCAAAUAAACGACUUGGUACCAUUGGACAAACUAGAUGGUGGGCAAAAGAUAUAGCUUUAUUAAAAACAUUUGGACAUUUUAAUGAACAAGAAAAUAGUCUUUAUAUUGAGUUAAUAACAACGCUAGAAGAGAUAUACACAGAUUCUAAUAUUAAAUCAGAUAUACGCUACAAGUCAAAAGGUUUAUUGGAAUCUCUUUGUAAAUACGAAACUAUUUUAACAGCCCAAACAUUUUUACGUAUCUUUAAAUACACCACAUAUUUAUCAAAAUAUUUGCAGACGCGAGGUCUAGAUUUAUUACAAGCUCAUAGAAUGGUAACAAAUAUAAUAAGUAGUAUUAAAGAUAUAUCUCGAGAUUUUUCCGCCACCAAAGAAGCGGCAAAUAAAUUCGUUCAAGGGGCCAAUAUAAAAUUAGAAUCACUUGAAAGUAAUUUAACUGUAGAAGAUAGUUUUCCAGAAGUUCGCCAACAUCCACAAAAUUUCAAAGAAAUUUCAAGACAAAUACCCCCAAAUUCUUUAGAAAAACAAGAAUUGCAGGAUUUUGCUAUAAAAUGGGAAACAUUGAGUCAAAUUUUGACAAAAGAGUAUUACAACACCAAAUCAAAUAAUAGCUCCGAUAAAGAAGAUUAUGAAAACAAUGAUUUGAUAGAUGAAACAAUAUUAGAUAACAUACCGCAAGAAAGUUCUUGUUGUAAAUCAUCUGACAAAAAGUGUCACAUUUGCUGUUUUUUUGUAUUGGUUCGCUAUAAUCUGUAUACCAAUGCAUAUCCAGGACUUUAUUUAGCUUACAAACUAUCAUUAACUUUAUCAGUGAGCCAAGUGUCAUGUGAACGUAGUUUUUCUAAAUUAAAACAUGUGAAAACAUCAAUUCGAAGUACUUUAAGUCAGCAGAACCUUGAAACACUCAUGUUAAUGAGUGUAGAAAAAGUCAUUUUAAUGGAUCUCGAUAAUAAUGAUAUAAUAAACAAAAUUUCAACCAAAAGUGAUCUCCUCAAAAAAGUGCUUCAGUAUUGA